CGAGCCAUUACUACUUGCUUAGAGUAGAAAAAGCGAAUGACUCGAAGAAAGCAAAAUGUACACGUAUUCCAACACAGGUUAAUUAUUGGGCAGAUCUAGUCUUGCAGCAGCACAAAUGUAGCGAGCAAUGGAGGUUAUCACUUCACUGCUGAUCAGAUAUCUAGUGCCUGGUGAUCGAUGGAGACUAUGCUUGCUGGUGAUCAGCAGCCGGCGGCGUGGGCGUGCUGGUGGCUGGGCCUCUGCCUGCUCCCACUACUCGCGCUCGCCGUAUGGCACGGCAACGACGCUUGCUACUGUACCGCCUUCGCGCUCAAGCGCUGGCGCCGCCGAGGCCACCGCGCGAGGCUCCCGCCGGGCCACAUGGGUCUGCCCUUCGUCGGCGAGAGCCCUUCCCUCAAGCGCUACUUCAGGCACGCGCGCCGCCCCGACGGCUUCGUUCACGACAAGAAGCAGAGGUACGGCGCGGGGGGCGUGUACAGAACGCACCUCUUCGGCUCCCCCGCUGUGCUCGUCUGCUCGCCGGCGGCCAACAAGCUCGUGCUGCAGUCUCCCGAAAGCUUCAGCGUCCGCUGGCCCGCGCCGGAGCUGGUGGGCGCCUCGUCUAUCCUCAGCGUCGAGGGCGCCCGGCACGCCAGGCUCCGCGCCUGCGUCAUCGCGGCAGUCAACCAGCCAAGCUCACUGCGGAGCAUCGCGCGCGCAGUCCAGCCGCGCGUCGUGACGGCGCUGCGGGCGUGGGCGCAAAAGGGCACCAUCACCGCCGCCACGGAGGCCAAGAAAGUGACGUUCGAGAACAUCUGCGAGAUGUUCGUGAGCAUGGAGCCAUCGCCGCUCACGGAGGAGAUGGAUGCGUGGUUCUCCGGAUUACUGGGUGGCCUCAGGGCGUUCCCACUCGACCUGCCAGGCACAGCAUUUCGUCGAGCUCGAAGGUGCCGGAACAAGCUGAGCGCAGUGUUCAGGGACGAGCUGCAGAGGAGGAAGAACGCGGCCGCCGCGGGUAAGCCGAGAGAUCUGAUGAGCGCGCUGAUGCAGACAGAGGACGAGCAUGGGAGGCUGCUCAGCGACGAGGAGGUGAUCGACAACAUCGUGUCGCUGGUGCUCGCGGGGUACGAGUCCACCUCCUCUGCUCUCAUGUGGGCAGCCUACCACCUCGCCAGGUCACCACAUGCCCUGGCCAAGCUCCGAGAGGAGAAUGCGGCGAUCAGCAAGCAGAAGCAUGGGGAGUUCAUCACCCCUGAUGACAUCCCCAAGAUGAAAUACACUGCCAAGGUAGUCGAAGAAACACUUCGAGUAGCCAACAUUGCCGCAAUGGUGCACCGUGUGGCACUCAGAGAUGUCGAGUACGCAGGUUAUACCAUACCUCAAGGGUGGAGGGUUAUAGUCUGGCUGAGGUCGCUGCAUACGGACCCCAACUACUACGACGAUCCACUGAGCUUCAACCCCGACAGAUGGGAAAGAUCGGCAAAGCCGGGCACGUACCAGGUGUUCGGAGGGGGACACAGGAUAUGCGCAGGGAACAUGCUGGCUAGGCUGCAGCUCAGUAUCAUGCUGCAUCAUCUAUCUGUUGGCUACAAAUGGGAGCUGAUUAAUCCUGAUGCGGAGAUUAUAUAUGUUCCACACUCAAAGCCUUCGGAUGGGGCUGUCAUGGCCAUCAGCGAACUAUGAUCAGUAGUAAGUGGAUUUUGGGGUUCGUUCCGGCAACUGAUGUGUGUAAGUUUCGGGGAUGCAAGAGGAUUAGAUGGUUCUGUUGCAUGUUUGAUCGCAGUAAACUAGUACUAGCUGCAGUUUCGUUUCGCGUAUAUCUAUCGACUGCUGUUCAGGAGGGAACACAUCAUGAUUUAUCUGCCUUUUCUUGGAUUGUAAAUUAGUAUUCUGCAUGCACGCGCAACCCUGCGGCUGGAUGUUGCCGAUGAUGGACACUGUCCCUGCCUCUGCAUCUAUAUUGUACACCUUGUCUGGAAUUUAUCGUCGGAUUAGAAAUUCAGACCACUUUGUAUCUCACAACACCUUCUCUUACUGAUUUGUAAUAACUAUGAUUCUGCUCUGUAUACACCAGUACACCUGUUAAUCGAACUAUGCUCGCAAGAGCAGCUAGAAUGAUGAUCUCUUCUGC